AUGGUUGCCUAUGAGCAAUUUGGCCUACAAUCCAUCUCGAAGCUGGGUCCCGAAUUCGAAGCCGUGUGCAACCUCUCGAGUCUUUUCGCAGUCCAGCCAGCCGAGCAGCUUGCUGACCCUGGAGACGGUACGGAGCCAAUCGUGGUACCUGCGAACGCCGAGGUAUUCGGCUCCCACGAACUUUUGCAAGGUUACUUCAACUACCCACUUGUUGUUCAGGGUCUUGUGUACAGUGACCGGGCUGAGGUCCUCCUCAUCUAUGAUACGGGCUUCCUUAGCGGGGACCAAGCCUUUGCGCUAUCGAACCAGAUCAACCAUGUUGUAGGACAGCUCCUAUCUCAGGGGGACGCUCGUCUCGGUUCUAUCUCAGUGGCCGGACCAUGGGACCUUGAAAAGGCACUAACCUGGAACGUUGAGACUCCAGAGCCUGUUCAGGACACUCUUCACGGUCUGUUCCGGCGACAGGUUGAGCGAACUCCAGAGAGAGAAGCUGUCUGGUCAUGGGACGGCAGCCUCUCCUAUGCCACUUUGGACGACCUCUCUACACGUCUGGGCGUCUAUCUUGCCAACCUCGGCAUCCAGCCCAGCACAUCGAUCCCGAUCUGCUUCGAAAAGUCCACGUGGGCCAUUGUGGCAAUGUUGGGAAUUCUCAAAGCAGGGUGUGCAUUCGUACCUCUCGACGGUGACCAUCCUGCACGGCGCCGGAAAGCAGUGGUUGAAGACCUGAAGCCCUCUGUUAUUGUUGCAUCCGCAGCGAUGGCGCAGUCGAACAUAGGCUUUGGAUGCCAGGUCGUGAGCGUCUCCCCGGAGUUUAUCGCAACGCUGCCUGUCUCGAGCCAUGUUCUUCACUCCGCCAACAGCACCUCUCCAGAACUCGCCUACACCAUCUUCACCUCUGGAUCAACGGGAAAACCCAAGGGCAUUGUUGUAGACCAUCAAAGCAUCUGCACUAGUGUCAUGGCCCAGGGAAGAAUUCUUCAACUCGCCGAGGAAGGCGAUUACCGCUUCCUGCAGUUCGGCAACUACGUAUUCGACGCUUGUAUCACAGAGAUUUUCACAUGCCUUGCGUUCGGCGGCACCACCUGCGUUCCAUCCGACACUGAACGCCUCCAGGAUAUUACCGGAUUCAUGACGAGAGCCCGAGUUACUGUCGCCCUAUUGACACCCUCGUUUGCUGGAACGUUCGGUCCGGCGGACGUUCCGGCCUUGAAGACACUGCUUCUCGGCAGCGAACCGGCGACUAAGAACAUCAUCAAGACAUGGCAUGGCCAUGUGAAGCUGAUGAAUCUCUACGGCCCCACGGAGACCUGUGUCUUUUGUACCGCCUAUGAGUAUCCAUCGCCAGAUGCUUCACCGGUCAACAUUGGCCGGGGCUUCAGCAACCGUUGCUGGGUUAUAGAGCCGGAAGGGAAUACUUUGGCACCCAUCGGAUGUGUUGGCGAGCUAGUUGUAGAAGGGCACGCUCUUGCUCGUGGCUAUCUCAACGACGCUACGCGGACACAAGAAGCGUUCCCAGAGACCGGCGACCUGACCUGGCUGCCCGACGGCACCCACAACGCUUCUUCUAUCGGACGCCGCGCCUACAGAACCGGCGAUCUGGUGAGGCAUGAAACCGACGGAUCACUGCUAUAUAUCGGCCGCAAAGACAUCCAGGUUAAACUGCGAGGUCAUCGCAUGGAGCUUGGCGAGAUUGAGAACCAUAUAAAGGAUCUUUGCCCCGACGUGGGUCAAGUUGCAGCCAACGUUGUUCGACAGGAAUCAGGAGAUGUCCUGGUGGCGUUUCUGUCUUUCGAACAAGACAACAUGCCAACAGAGUCACAGUCAGAGGAUAUCGAGCACGAGGUCGUUCCCAUGACAGACGACUUAAGGCGACAACUCGCCACUUUGUCCGAGGACUUACAUGGCAGACUGCCAAGCUACAUGGUCCCGGCGUUAUUCAUCCCCUUACGCCGGUUUCCCAUG